CUCAGUCGGAGUUUGAAACCAACCAAACUAAGCGACCUGCAGAGUACAACCAGAUAAAAGAGGAGAGAAGACAACAAACAGUCCUCUGCUGCUGUGCAAAACCACCUGUGGCUCCGACUUCAACUUUCAACCUCCAAAAUCUACAAAUGGCCAUGAUGCUGAAAGCAUGGACAGUGCUGGCAGCUGUGGUGCUGUGUGUAUUGAUGUGUCUGGGAACGCUGGCGGAUGCCUACCCCCCUAAACCUGAGAACCCUGGUGAAGAUGCCCCACCUGAGGAGCUUGCCAAGUACUACACAGCGCUGAGACACUACAUCAAUCUGAUCACCAGGCAGAGGUAUGGAAAGCGUUCAGGUCAGGAGGAUGUGUUUGCAGAGCUGUUGUUUGGCGGCGACAACAACAGAGGCCAGAGAUCACGAUAUGAUGACUCCUACAUGUGGUGACUCCUCCACGUUUCUCCCUCCUCAUCAGGCAUUCCCUCAGGGUGCAUCCCAGAAUGCUCCUUGAGGGGCCAAAAUGUGCCUCUCCCCUCUGACCCCUGAACCCUACCCCAACCAGUAACCCUCACUGACCACAACUCAAGCUCUCUUUGUCCCUUUUGUCGCUGUCUUACUGUACAUCUUGUCAUUACAACAGAAUCGCGUAUAAAUUAUUAUCAAAGUAAAAUAUAUAUAGAUAUAUAUAUAUAUAUAUAUAUAUAAGAUCAGAGCUACUAAUCAGAAUGUGUCUGUGUGUGUCAGCGUUAACGUCCCGCCGCUGUCCAAUGCUGUUUACAGGAGGAAGGUCUUGUUUUAACGUUGCUGCUGUCAAAAGCAACAUUAGAAGAGAUCAAUAAAACUUUUCUGUGUGAUUAAAAUUUGUUGAUGAAUGACUCUCUUUGGGUAUUCAUGAUAUGACAAUCUAAGUAAGCAGAGAUAUUCAAAUCUGUGUUGUUUUUGGAUAAUAAUCAUGACAAAUUCUAAUACAUGGUAAAAAGGUUUUUAGAUUUUUAUUCAGAGUGCAAUCAAAAACAAAGGGUGCUUGCUAAGACUACUACUUUAAAUAUGUAUCUAAAGAUAAGGCUGGUUUUUAUUUGUUCUCAUCUGGUCAAAAAAAUCACAAUUAUUUGAGUCCACCACUACAUAUUUUUCAUAAACCCCAUUCUUCUUCUUUUUCAAGCAGAUCAAGCCUAUUGGUAACCAAAAAAAGCAAAACAUUAUUAAAAACAUGUCACAAAUAUUCAGUUGUACUCACCUUAGUAUGUAUUAAGCAUUAGUCAGUCAUGACAUUUUGUUUUUAAUUCGGGGGACUUUUUAAGUGGCAAAAUAAACCGUAUUUCAUACUUUAGUGCACAUUUGGGUUUUGAGGAAUAGAUUUGUGGGACUUCAUCCAAUUAAAACAAAUAAAUGUGUUUAAUGGAAA